AGAACCGAUAAGUACUGCGACGGAGCGAUGGGUUCCUCCUGCACUCGCUCUUCUCGCUGUCUUCUCCCCCACUUCGUGAUCGGCUUCUCAUUGUGCUCUUCGUUGCUCUUCUCGAUCGCGAUGGCGGCCAUGGUCGGAGGGUUGAAGGAAUCGGAGGGUAGCCAGAACAGCGCCGAGAUCGAGGAGCUCGCCCGCUUCGCCGUUGACGAACACAACAAAAAGGAGAAUGCACUUCUGGAGUUUGCUCGCGUGGUGAAGGCCAAGGAGCAGGUUGUCACUGGAACCCUUCAUCACUUGACAGUGGAGGCAAUUGACGCAGGGAAAAAGAAGCUCUAUGAGGCCAAAGUGUGGGUCAAGCCAUGGCUCCACUUUAAAGAGCUUCAGGACUUCAAGCAUGUGGCAGAUUCUGGAUCUCUCACGGCUGCUGACCUCGGUGCCAAACGAGGUGAGCAUGGACCUGGCUGGCGUACUGUUCCUGCACAUGAUCCUGUGGUCAAAGAUGCAGCACAUCAUGCUGUGCAGACCAUUCAACAGAGGUCCAACUCAUUGGCCCCCUAUGAACUUGUGGAGGUCCUUCUUGCAAGGGCAGAGGUGGUUGAGGACAUUGCGAAAUUUGACAUGCUUAUCAAAGUAAAGAGAGGAACCAAGGAGGAGAAACUCAAGGUUGAAGUGCACAAGAAUCUGGAAGGCACUUUUCACUUGAAUCAGAUGCAGCAGGAGCAUUCGGAGUCUGCAAGUCAGUAAACAUAGUGCUCGAUACUACUGAUAUAAACAGCGGUAUCUAAACCCAGCAAAUGACAUCUAUAUCUGUGUUUUUGCAAAGCAUGUUUUCUAAUGAAUUGCCUGUAAGUUUGAAUGCUUCUGCUGCUUGGUGAAUAUGUACUAAGAGAGUAUCUUGAAAACAUAUUUCCUGUUUGCAA